GUUUUCAUACCGGUCCGAAUUAACGUCGCGAUUGGUUCAAAAUCCAUAACUGGCCUCCGAGAGCCAGGUGUCGUUCACACCGCGGCCUCGCGCCUCGUCUCGUUAAUCACUCUUGCUCGCUAUUGUUAAAGCGCGGUGUACAGCCAUCUUUGUCAAAUUACGGGCGAUUCAAUUACAUUAUUUCGAUUUGUUUGUGAUAAUCAAAUGGAACAUACCGCGAUUAUAGUGCAACAAACGUGUCGUGCAGUGGAAUCGUGUACAUUUUCUACAUUCUCUUUUGUUUCAAUACUAGCAUGACGCUUCGUUGAAUGGAAGCGUUACGACUUACGGCGCUAACAACCAGUGACCAUUAAAAUGAUGGAUGGUGUUGUCUUUUGCAAAAAGAGUGUGAAGUGAUCGUUUUAGUAAAUAAUGUGAAGGGUGCAGUUAAUGUUUAUAUUCGAGCGUACAUGUGAUGAAAACUGCGUCGCAAUUUAGUUGUAUACAUUGCUUAAAUGAGUGAAAUGGCGUUGCGGAGCGCGCGGGCCGGAGCAUGCGCGCCAGUUUCCUCGCGUUCGCUGGGAACGCACUGAGUGUCCUUCGUUUACGUGCAAAUCAAAAUGGGAAGGUCGAGAUUUCCUGGCAAACCGUUAAAAUUCCAAAAUAGAAAACGUAUUAGUGUUCUAUCUGGCGCUGUUUACCAUGAGACUGCUCCAGACAGCCACCCGCCAGCCCGCGGCGGGUCGUCCAAUGAUUUUGUUGGGGAGAAAGAGGAAGAAGAAAAGAAAGAAAAUAAUAAUGAAAAUGAAAAAAGUUCAACCUGUGAAAAUAAAGUAACUAAUAAUAAUGCAGUAAUUACCAAUCAAGAUUGUCUAGAGAAAGUUCCCAGUGAUUCUUCAAAAUCUCCAGUUCGGACUCGAUCGCAAAACAAAAUGGAACCAGUGAAAGGAGAUAAGCCAAAACCAGUGAAGAAAACAGUGACUUUUGGUACUGUUGAGAGUUGUGAAGACAUCUUCUUACCGUUAAAGAAGAUUCCUAAACAUCAUGCACCUCUCAUACCAAUUAUCAAAAAGAAAUCUUCACUUAAAUCAACUGAAUACUCAAGUAUCCUCAAACCAGCUAAACUCACUGACUUGAGUUCAAAAUCCAGCUCAGAGCACCAUGAAGGGUAUUUGAGAAAGAAUUUAAAUCCUUUGUCAAAACCUAUGAACAAAUUCUCACAGUUCAGCGAAACACGCUGUGUAUCUCCACCACCUAGAAACACAUCACCCUUAGAAAAAGAAACUAUAAGUUCCACUAAGUUUGUGCUGCCAAUGAGGAGUGCUCACUCAUCUCGCGUUAUCAAACCCAACAAAAAAUUUAUCGAUGGUGAAGAGCACACAACAAUCACAAGUAGUAUAACCACUGGAAAGGUGCUUAAAAAACCAAAACUAAAGAGGCUAGUAUUUAACAAUUUACCUGAUGAUGAUGAUACACCAGAAGAAGAACCUGAGAAAGCAAAUGAAAAUGAUAAAACCAGUGAUAAGACUUCACUUAAAACAUCAAGUCUGUUUAAAGAUAAAACAACAAAUUCAUUUUCUGUGCUUAGUACUACUUCAAGAAAACCCAUCCAUGAUCUAUUUUCCUAUGAGAAAGAUCCAGAGUACUCCCAAGAUGAAAAUUCAAAUUUAGAAGGACUUGAAAAAUUAAAAACAUUAGAGACAUCAAAUAAAGAAGAUAGAUCUGGACAUGCUAUGAGGAAGCUAAUGGAUAUAUCUGAUGCAAGCAGUUCAAGUAGCACAAGUACUGGUUCAGAAUCUGAGGAAAGCUUUGAUAGUGACAGUGCUGAAGGUAGUGGUGACGAAGAAGAUAGACAGGGUCCACCAAAUCUAGAAAAAGAAAAGUCAUCAGCUUCACAGCUACUGAGAGGCAAAGUUAUUAUCAGAGAGGCAAGGUUACAGCUAAACCCACCACCUCAGACCACAACUGGUUUAGAUGGACCAUUUUCUAUGAUAACAUCAGUUUCAACAAACAACCCACCACGAACGGUCACAUGCGGGGUUUGUGGUGCAGUACGAUUCUAUAGGUUUGUCAAGCAAGCCCGAAAAUUUGGUAUUUUUUCUUGUGAAUCCUGUCGCAAGUUUAUAUCCAAAAUGGUUAAAAAGUUGAAGAAUUCUCACAAGACAGGCCUAACUGUAAUACCAUGUUUGAAAGAAGAAGGUUGGUUAACAAACGAAGGUAAUUGUCCUGUACCUCCUAUAGUCCGGUCUCAACAGUGGAAGUUGCUGAGAUGCACCAACCGGGCGCGAUGUCCUGCCUGCUGGCUCCAGUUGUGUCUCAAGUCUUUUCAAGUGCCACAAAAUAUAAAAGCUGGCCUCAAUGCAUUAUUACCAUCUUAUAUGAGAAGCGGUGUGAUACCAGCAGGGCCCUUAACACAAGCUAAUCCAUUGAGAAUAAGUACAAGCAGUAAUGUCACUGAAAAGCCUGUAUUUGCCCUCCCUGAUAGUGAAAAUAACAUCUUUGGAACAAUUAAAACAACAAAGAAAACUGUUGAUGAGAUUGAAAAACUUGAGAAAGUUGAUAAAGUUGAAAAACUGGAGGAGAAGAGUUCAAAAGAUGAACCUCAAGAGGAAGCUGUGACUGAAGACUUCAGCACAAAUAGAAAGCGUCGUUUAACUAGUCGCGUCAAAGUAAGGAAGAAAGACAAGGAUGAAACUAAACAGAUUGAAGAUCCAAAACGACAGAAAGUGGAGCUAAAGGGUCCAAGAGUUAAGCAUGUAUGUCGAAGUGCGUCUAUUGUUUUGGGCCAACCUAUUGCGACAUUCCCAACACAAGAAGAAAAAGAAAAACAAGACAAGGUCAUGGUUGAUGAAAUAUCUCCAGUUGUGGAGAAGGAUAUUACUACUCCAGAGAUUCUCAGCUACGAGUCUGAAGCUGAAUCUGAAAACAAGGCACCUCAAGUUCAAACACAAGUUGUGCCUGAACCUCUUGUUUCUAAAGACUCUGAUGCAGAAAUGCAUGUUGAGCCUAAGAAGAGGAAGAUUGAGUCUACUAUGUCUAUCAAAAUACAGAAUAAGGCAGAAUCUAGUGAAGACGAAACUGUCAUGGAUCUUGUCCCAAGAAAAAUGACAUUGAAGCCUCUCACAAAUAUUACAAAUGUCCGGAGUCGUUCCCAGAAAGGCGAUUUGAAACGACCAGAACUAAUCUGCGUCGACUUCUGGGAGAGCUACGAUCCUGAUGAAGUCUGCAGCUCUGGAUUCGGACUCAUCGGAACUGCUCCAUUUACUGUUGCAAGGCUAUGCUUUUUGUGUGGCAGUGCUGGUAGAGAAAAGAUGGUGGUAUGCACGUCGUGCUGCGAGUGGUACCACAGCUGGUGCGCGGAGGACGCGCUGGGCGCGCGCGGGUGGACGUGCGCGCGCUGCGCCACGUGCGCCAUGUGCAGCCGGCCGGCCGCGCGCCGACGCUGCCGCGCCUGCGCCGCGCACUACCACGCCGCCUGCCUGCCCGCGCCGCCGCCCGACCACCGCAGCGACUGGCCGCAGAUAUGCAGUGCCUGUCUUAAAUGCAAGAGUUGUGACAGCAGCCGAGUAAGCAAGUUCGUGGGAAGCCUGCCUUUCUGCGGACCGUGCUUCAAGCUACGGCAAAAGGGCAACUACUGUCCGCUGUGCCAGGCUUGUUACCGAGACAAUGAUUUUGACAGCAAGAUGAUGGAAUGCGGCUGGUGCGGCAGAUGGGUGCAUGCCAGCUGUGAAGGCUUGUCCGGAGAAGGCUAUCAGCUCUUAUCCGCCUUGCCCCCAUCCAUCGAAUACAUUUGUUGUAAGUGCAUGCCGAACGACCCGCCAUGGAGGAAGAUGCUCACAGAACAUCUCAAAGGACGACUCCUACAUCUGCUCAAGCUACUUGCCAAAAAUAAAAAGGCUUGCGCAUUACUGAAACUGACACCACACAAGAAUACUCCAGUACCUAACAAGCCAUUUAGGAUAUUGUCGCCGCAAGCCAUACGAAAGUUACAUUUUGACGGGACAGAUGAUUCCAUGAAAAAUACAACUGAAACUAAAGUCUACAGAAAUACUGCCAGAGGGCGCCGAAGUAACAAUAUUAUCCAGAAUAAAUCUGAAGAAGCCAAUGCAGCACAAAAUAUUUGGCAAUGUUCUUCUUUGCUAAAUGAUGUUGAGAUGGAAAAAGAAGACAUACCACAUACCUCGCAUAAAGUCGUAAACCUUCAGGAGCCUUUGAUGCAGAACAAAGAAAUAUGUUUUUCUACUGGAAUGUACGACACGAAAACAGAAUUUGACACCCCAUGCAUUGAAGUGCAUGAGAACUAUCAACCACCAAACAAAGUAGAAAAAGCCACGACAAUGUUACCGACUACUGUGCAUGAUGAUAAAUAUGAGGCAAUUUCUGAUGAUGAUGAACCAAUGAAGACCUUUUCGCUAGCACGCAGUGAGCAAGACCUAAGUCCUGCGAUUGUUAGGCAACCAAGUACAUCUGCCGACGAUUCUGACGGUAUCGGCAGAAUACUUUCGCCAUCAUUAUUAGAUGUCAAGAAACGAGUCAACAGUGAUGAGUAUGUUUCUUUGAAAGAUUUCAAUCAUGAUAUGAAAGCAGUGAUUGAGAGAACUUCCAGUGGCGAUUUAAAAACGAUUUAUAAAGACCUGUUUUCGGAAACAUUCCCUUGGUUCGAUUGUGAGAAUAACUGCCUCCAACCCAAUUUGGAAGUAGAAGGAGAACAAGAUGACACAGAAUCUGUUAAAGACCAUGAGAUGGUUGACAGCAAAGGCUUAAAAGCAGCUGAAUCGUCUGUCGAAAGACCUAUGGAUCAAAUCGUUCCUAAACUUGAAUCAGAGGGACACAAAUUAGAGGAAGAAUUACUUGAAUUUUACCCAGUAGUAGAUUCCAGAAUCUGUGUGCUCUGUAAGGCACCAGGGGAUGGUUCGCCGGCUAUGGAAGGUCGUCUUUUAUAUUGUGGACAAAAUGAUUGGAUUCAUGCUAAUUGUGCACUAUGGUCUGCUGAAGUUUUUGAGGAAAUUGAUGGAUCUUUACAAAAUGUUCACUCUGCUAUAUCUAGAGGAAAGAUGAUUAAAUGUGCUGCAUGUGAACUAAAAGGCGCAAGUGUUGGAUGCUGUGCCAAGAACUGUAGCGAAACUUACCAUUACUCUUGCGCAAGACGCGAAAGUUGCGCAUUUAUGGAUGACAAAAGAGUAUUCUGUCCUGCACACGGAAAAGACGUUCCAAUAAAAAGUUUACAGAAAGAUACAGAUUUCGAACUCACGAGGCCAGUGUAUGUUGAGCUCGACAAGAAAAAGAAAAGGUAUAGUGAAAUAAGUAAAGUGCAGUUCAUUAUCGGCUCCUUGAUUGUCAACAGCCUCGGAAAAAUUGUGCCAUCAGUGUCCGACUUUGAAGAGUUUUUAAUGCCUGUAGACUUUUCAUGCACCAGGCUUUUCUGGUCCUGUAAAAAGCCUUCCAAGAUUGUAAGAUAUACAAUAAAGACAAAGUUGAUAUUAGCAGAACCAUUACCAGGAUUUGACUUUGGAGUAAAUAUCACUGUCGAUCACUCGAAAGAAGUACAUGUCGUUGAGAGAGUUAUGGCUGAGAUUGGCGCUUGGCAUGAAAGUAUUGAGACCAUAUCAAGUAAAACUGUCCUAAUGCUCAAAAGUGACAAGUCUCCAAUGAAGUUUGGAAAUAAUCUAACCUUGGAAGACCUUGCUGUAAAACAAGUUGUGGAAUAUCUUCUAGAUAAUGUUUGUAAGCAGGAACAGCAGGACGAAGAAGAACCCCAAAAUACAGCUGACUUGUUUCCGCCCGAAGUCAAAGAUGCCAUAUUUGAAGAUCUAAAUCACGACCUGUUGGAUGGUAUAUCGAUGCAAGAUAUAUUCCAGGACUUGAAAAAUGAAUUUUACUGUGCCAUUAAUCAAUCUGAUGAUAAAAGUAAUGACAAAGAAUUUAUUGACGAAUUAUUAAAUGCGAGACUAGAAUCGGGAAGUAAAGAGUUGAAAAGAAGUAAGUCAGAAAUGCUUCUGCAAAACCAUGGGCUGAAAACGUUAACAACCGGCCGUGGGCAACAAAGGUCUAGUAGUCUCACAUGGAAUAACAAAUUUGAUACGAGCCUGCUCUCAUCUACAAUAAAGAGGUGUAAAAUGGGAAAAUCCUCAACAGUUACUGGCAAAAUGAGUCCAGUUCAACGUGUCGCACUAACGGAAAGCUCUUUAGAUGCAAUCAAAGAGACGGAGUCCAGUAACAUUGAUCAAAAGAAACUAAAGCCAGAGACCAGUACGAGUGGCACUUUAUGUGAUGAAGUUCCCCAUACUUCUGGUAUAAACUAUAGAACUACAUCGCCUAAACAAAAAGACGAAAGUAGUAAUGAUAAACCUGAUAAGACCGAAGGAUAUUACACCGACGUAAUAGACUUUUAUACCAAAAUUCAGUGCAGUCCAAUAUCUCAAUUAGACGGCGCUGCAGAUUGGUCCGGUUCGGAAAGCACUUGCAGCUCUAGACCAAACAGCCCGAGAGAGGAUAUUGAUUUUACACCAAUAUCUCAAUUAGAUGGUGCCGAUGAGAACCAUCCCGGAAGCGAUAAUGUUUCAAGAAACCAGCAAUUCUUAUACAGAGCCAGUGGAUCUGAAAGUACGUACACUGUCACUAUUGCUGGUAAUUCUAUCAGUGGCCAACCGGAGCUGGUAAUGCGGCCUUUGGAUGACGGAACAAUAACACCUGGCCAAAUCGAACAGCCAGUUCGAUGUGACAGAUGUCAAUGUACUUACAGAAAUAAAGAAUCGUACGAUAGGCAUGUACCAACAUGUGAUAUGAUGUCCACAAGUGAAAGCGAGAGCGAAAAUCCAAAAUCACCCGAAAAUAGGACAUUAACAACACUACAAAAUGCUUUUCAAGGAGCUUUUGCGCAGCCUAUGAUUAUCCAUGCUGGUGUUGUAAGUGGCAGUGAAAAUACUGUAAAAGCUGAAAGCAUUUCAGCUAGAAGAACAUCCAUCAACACGAGGCAAAUUACAAUAAAUGGUACAAUAGUUGAAACACCAUCACCUGGUCCAACUAAUGAAAUGACUAUGACUAUUACAGAACAAAUGAAAUCUGGAACUGUGAUCUUUGACCAAAGUAAAACUACUAAUGUUCAAGUAUCUGCUAGUCAGCAGGUACUAUCGUCACCACAAAUUGUUGUUACGCCACAAAUGAUUCUACCUCCCAAAACAAGUGCGGCUGGUGGGCAAAAACUCAUGGCGCCACAAAUCAUAACACAACCUGGCCUACUUCCAUAUAACAUUUGUGUAAAGCCAGGAAAUGGUAAUCCAAAUAUACAACAGAUUCAAGGUAGUGCUGACAUGGCGCAGUUGCUUUCAGGACCUGGAGGAAUUCAAGUUAUUUCGUCAAAUUCUAAUCAAGUGCUGACUAUACCUUCUAAUCAAGGAAAUCUUACGCCUAUGUUACAAGGCAAAAAUCAAGUGACUAAUUUCCCUAAUAUGGCAAGUGCUUCGUCGAUUGCAUUGCCAGUGAAUUCGAUGCCGAACACUUCAAUUAUACAAAAUAUCCAACCAAUGAUUCGGCCGCAGUUGCAAGGAAAUCCUACCAUUGUAGUACCGGCUAUGACUGCUCAAAGGCUGACAUCUCCAAAUACACAAAAUAAGCAACAGAUAUUGCUUCCAAGUACUCAGAAAUCGCCGAAGAAACAACCUGCUCCAGUCCAACCAAAACCUAUUUUCCAAGCAACGAAUAGAGGAAGAGGAAGACCAAUGCCAAAACCAACAAUAAAAAGGCAAACCAAAUUAGAAAAAACAUUUACAACGAUCAACCAAUCGCCAAUUGGACCUGGAAACACAGUGAUUCAGUUGCAAACUAAUAAUCAAACAGGUCAACCUUCGAUAAUAGUGCAGCCAGUGGCUAAUCAAAACAUAAUGUCUGCUUAUGUAGAGGCAUUAUCACAGCAACAGAACCAGAACAUGCAAUACAUUGCAACAAUUGCACCACAAAGUGAUUUUAAAACGGGCCCAACCCAAUUUAUUUCGCAGAGUGGAUUGGUACCUCAAACUUUCCAAAUUCAGCAAACGGAAUCAGGCGGUUUAGUUGCUGUGCCGAGUGGAGGUAUUCCAGUAUUACUUCCCCAAGGAAAUGUCGGAAUUUUACCCCAAGCUAUUCAACAAGGGGCUACAAUUUUGCCACAGGGAACAAUACAGCAAGGUAUUAUAUCCCAGGGCCCUAAUGGACCCACUAUUUUGCCGCAAGCAAUUCAUACACAGAAUGGUACCACAAUAAUACCGCAAGGAGCUAUUCAGGGUUUGACACCUGGAAAUAUUACAUCUCAAACUGCAACACUCCUACCAAAUAAUACCUUGCAAACUGGUACUGCUACUGUUGUCCCACAGAGUGGAAUUGGUAAUGGGCAAACAACAAUCAUACCAAAUGCUUUACAAUCACAAGGUAACACAUUGAUUUCUUCUGGACCAGGAACUACUAUACUGCCACAAGGGACAUUGCUGCCCCAAUUCUGUAAUGAUCAAGUACUCCUUGGAUCGACACCGACAUUAGAGAUGGUAACCGACCCAUCUGGGUGUAUGUAUUUGACUGCGACGCAGCCCGUUUACUAUGGCUUAGAAACUAUAGUGCAAAAUACAGUUAUGUCUUCUCAACAGUUUGUAUCCACGGCAAUGCAAGGUGUACUUGCGCAAAAUAGCAGUUUUUCGGCAACAACAACCCAAGUAUUCCAAGCUAGCAAGAUAGAGCCCAUUGUAGAAGUGCCUACUGGUUAUGUCGUCGUCAAUAAUGUCGGAGAUGGUGUUGCCCAGGUGGUUUCUUCAGCGCCAAAUGUGGCCUCAGCACAAUCUGUACAAUCAUCUCCACCUACUAUGAAGAACGUCAAAGCUAAUAUUCCCAAUUUAACUCUGCAACCUUUGCCUGAUAAGUCGUCGAACAACAAUCGACAAGCUCCGAAGGUAGUUCAAAUGAGUCCUAGCCCUAUUUCUGUCUGUUCACAAUCGGGACCUGGAACCAUUAUAACUGGAAGACAGAACAUGAAUCCUAUCACCUCUCAAAUUCAUAGCAUGAGCUUGUCGAACACGUCCCAAAACCUGCAACGCACUACAAUAUCAAAACCGAAUAACAUAUCCAUGUCUCCAAAUGUGACACUUGUCUCGUCCACUGGACAACCUGUUAUGGCAAUUUCACAGUCGGUACCAAAUUCUGUACCUUCAUUUUCGAUACAAUCAAUACCGUUAUCGCAACCAAUUGUUUCCAGUUCUAUUGCACCAUCAAUGAAUAAAAAUAAUCUAAAAAUGGAAAACUCUCAUGUUAUAGAAAUAAGUGGCAACUUGCACGAUAACUCCAACUCCUCUAGUGUACCUACAAUUAGUGUCACACAAAGUAUUAAAUCGCCUACGCCAUGGAGGAUAAAUACAAUAAAUAACAAUGGGUCUAAUUCAGAAAAUAAGUUGGAAAUACAGAACAUGACAGUGAAAACUAGCAAUGUCAACAGUGCGUCAAUGAAUAUUCAGAAUAAUAUGGGAUCUGGAAGAACGCACCAACAUAAUGAAACUGAGAAAGUUAAUCAAAACUGUUUGAUGGCUUUGGCUAAUAACAAUAGCAGCAUGUCUGGUAUGAACCAUCAUAGUCAUCAGUUUGACUCUAACAUAAACGUAAGUCACCAUUCGUCGUCUCAUUCGACCUCGAAUAAUGUGAUUCAAAUAACAGCCGGGAACAUUUACCCACCAUCGUCGAUGAUGAACAGCAAUUUCGAUGCAGAUACAACCUUGAAAUUGAGUAAGAUAAAUGCUCUUUCUAAGACUGAAGGCGGCCAUCUGAACUUCUCACAAGAAAUUAUGGCAUCACACUCGCAACAAAACGCGCAGAAUGACAAAACUUUCCAGAACAUGGGCAACAAUGAUAAACACAAUACUGAUAACAUGCCAAGUCAAAUGAGUAUACAUAAACUUAACAGUUGUCAGGUAGCUAGUAAUAUGAAUAGUAACAACACUCCAUCAAUCAGUAUAAUUCCUCAUAAUGUUAUGCGACCACCUAUGCAAAAUAACCAAAAUACGGUAUCAAUUACCAAUAACCAAAAUCAGAUGUGCUCCAUUUCGAAUUCUACUUCACACAAUCAAAUGCAAAUUAUGACUUCUGGAAACAAUUCCAUUCAAAAUAUGAAUAUGUCAUGUCAAGAGGCAUCUAAUCAAAGAGUGAAUAACAUAACAGUAUCCAACGAAAACAAUUUGCAACAGCAAAAUAACCAGCAACAUGACCAUUCUAAUUCAUCUAUGGCUUCAUCAAGCCUACCUCAUGGGAACAUGCAAAUCAUACAUGAUAGCAAUCAGAUCUCCGGGCCUAAUUCUAUUCAUAUUAUGAACGGUCAGAUACAACACAACCGCCAAGUCGAUAAUAAUAAUCACAAUCCCAUGCAACAGUUGAAUCAAGGACCUCCCAGUAGAUCUUUUCAUGACAAUAUGAUGGCUGGACAACAAAGCCAUAACCAGGCAAAUAUGCUGUCUAACAGAAGCACGCCUGAUAACAGCAAUCUUUUAAAUCAGUCUAUGAAUAUGCAUGGAAUGGGAAAUAAUCACAAUAUGAAUAGAAAUGACCUGAAUGACUUGAAUCACAUGCACAUGCAACAACCAAUGCCCGGUAUGAAUAAUAUGCAGAGUAAUAGAAUGAUGAUGGAAAACAUGCAGUCUCACAACAUGAACAAUAUGGGUCAUCAAAUGCAUCCAAAUAGACCUGUGGAUAGCAUGCAUAAUUCCCAAUUACAUAAUAUGCAGCAGAUGAAUCAUCACAUGAGUAAUAAUAAUGGUAGACAACAGAUCGAUAUGCAUGUAAAUCAGCAAAUGAGCUUACAACAAAAUAGACAGAUGGACAAUGUUAGCCAUCAUCAUCAACACCAAAUGACCGGAGUUAUGCAGAUGCCAAAUAAUCGGUCGCACAUCGACAAUAAUAUGAUGAGCAUGCAUCCCCAUGUGUCGAAUCAAAUGCACAACAGGCAACAAAUGGAGAACAUGCACAUGCAUCACAUGCCUGGAAAUACAUCAACUAUGAAUAUGGGAAAUCAAAUGGAUACAACAAGUUCUAUGCCAAAUUUACACAACAGACAUGAUUCGAAUUCAAUGACGAUGCAAAACAUGAAUACUCUAAAUCAGAUUCAGAACAGCAGGGGAUCUGUUGAGCAUACGUCAAUGAUGCAACAUCCGAUGAACAACAUGAAUACUAUGAAUAACAUGAACAUGCACAAUAAUAUCAAUAAUACAAUCCAAAUGAACACUGCUACUCAUCAGUCUAUGAACAGUUCUCUCAUGCAUGUUCCAAAUAUACCCGACAUUAAAAACGAGAUUCAAAAUUCCUGCAGUGGCAGUUGCUCCAAUAAUGGCUCACAAUUUUCAACCAAUCAAAACUCAUUUGACAUGCAGUGUGCAAGUUUGAAUACUAACAGUAACAUUGGUCAUAGCACUUCAAACAUGAUGCAUAGUAUGAAUUUGAACAACUCAAGUUUAUCUAAUAAUAUGAUGAUCAAUUCGGUAAACAAUAAUGCUAUGUAUGGAUCGGGAACACAAAACAAUAUAACUGGGCAUGAUAUGCUAAUGAGCUGCAAUAACUCUUCUGACCACAGUGUUAACAACCUUAUGCCCAGCAGUACAAACCAUAACAUGAUGAUGAACAAUUCUCAGUCUCUUGCUAAUAAUAAUCACAAUCAAAUGAUGAGUAAUCAAGUUAAUAAUAGCUCGCAAAUGAAUAUGAACAGUUGUAACAUGGCUGCAAAUACAUCUCAAAAUCAAAUGAAUAACAUAGACAGUCAAAUGAAUCGGAACAAUAUACCAGUGAGUGAUCCACCUAAAUUUAUUCAAGAACCAAUAAGAGGAAAAAAUCUGAUGGGUCCGCCAUCGAAUAACAAUAUCUCCAUGCCUGGUUUACCAAAUACCGAUUGCGCUAAAGUAAAUAUUGUCAGCAACGAUAAGCCCAAUCAUAACAUAUCGGUAAAUGAUCAAAUAGGGUACAUGCAGAUGAAUUCUCAAAACAGAAUUAUAAAUCUUCCCGAGCGGAACAGAAUAAAUAACGCUAAUUUGGAAAAUAUAAAUCAACAUGUUCCCCAACAACACAAUAUACGGGUUGUUACGAACAAUAGUAAUAGUAACGUAAGUGGAAUUUCUACAGAGCCUCUUACUUUCCAACAAAAGAGCGAAAAUAGUAGCACUAUGAUCAACGUGCCCUUCCAGGCCAUACCGAAUAGUGCACCAAUGAAUAUAAACGUAAAUUCCAGCAAUAACACUGUGAAUAUUACUGUCCAAAAUAAUCUCGUGGAUCCAAAGAUUGCAUCAAAAACUGCCGCUGAUAUAAAUUUCCCAAUUCAGGCGAGCACAAGCAUCUUGCAAAGCCAAAGCAAUAAUGCCAAUAACAAUAUGAUAUGUGUACCUGUUCAAAAUAGCACCAUAAAUCUACCAACACAGAAUAGUACAACAAGCAUCACAUUGCCAAAAGCACCUCCAACGCAGCAAUCAGGUAUUCCGACGAAUGUCGUGAACCCCAUGUCUAUGAGACCUAUGAACAGAGUAUUGCCACUACACAGAGAUGGACAAAGUAAAUCGAAAAGUGGCACUAAAACUACUGCUGUACCAAAACAACGGCCAGUGAGUCAUGAUAUGCCAGACUUGAAUAUUAAAGAUGAAAAUAUUGACUGUGAUUUGGAAAAGGCCAUUGAAGAAUCAAAGCGCAUGAUGGAGUUAGAACAGGCUAAAAGGGAGAAAGAGGAACGAGUAGUUAAUCGUGCCCUACAAAUAUCAGCAGAGAUGUACCAAGCGAACAUUAGCACAGCUUCAACUGCUGUUGAGAACACUCAAGCAAGUGCACCAAUAGAAACGAGCACUAAAAACAAUUCUAUGCCCAAUUUGGAUGUUGAAAUGACCGAAGAACCACCAAAAGUGCUAGUAGAGAAAGACAUAAAUAGAAAUCCAAUGCCACCAAAAUUACCCAAUCCACCAAGUAAAGUUAUCAAGAGACCUUUUAAUGAUAAGAAACCGGAACCGGAGCCAGUAACAACCAAGAAGCACAAUAAAAUAAGUAAAGGUCAAGAGAACAAGAUCACGCCACCGAAACAAACACCAGAUCCAUCCAAAGAUGAUGGACCCAAACUGAUCUAUGAGGUGACAUCUGAAGAUGGUUUUAUAUACACUUCGUCUUCACUGACGGAUCUCUGGGCAAAAGUAGUUGAAGCUGUACAAAAUGCUAGAAAAGAAUCUGGUCUUCCUCUGAUAAACUACAACUUACCAUCUAGCUUGUCUGGAGCACAUUUAUUGGGCCUGAAUAACAACGCUCUGAGAUAUCUGAUUGAGCAAUUACCAGGGGCAAGCCGCUGUACCAAAUAUAAGAUACAUCAAGGACGACAGCUGAACAGCUGGGACAAUGACCUGGAUCUAAGUGAAGGAUUCAAGGAAAGUCCUUGGGGCAGCGCUCGUACCGGCCCUAUCGCCAGGAAACCAAACCAUGAUAUGUUUAGCUGGAUGGCUUCACCUUUCCGAGAGGAACCUCCACCGUUCGGCGGACAAGAAGGAGAGAGCUCAAUUUCAAGGAGAUUGGCUACUUUACCACCAGCAAUGAGAUUUAGACAACUGAAAGAGACUUCGAAGGUUUCAGUGGGAGUUUUUCGGUCCCACAUUCACGGCCGUGGUUUAUUCUGCAAACGUGAUAUUGAAGAGGGUGACAUGGUCAUAGAGUAUGCCGGCGAGGUGAUUCGAGCAGUGUUGGCAGACCAGCGCGAAAAGAAAUACGAAGCUAUGAGCGGUCGCCGCGGUGUUGGGGGCUGCUAUAUGUUCCGAAUCGACGAUAACCUCGUGGUAGACGCUACGCUCAAAGGAAACGCUGCGAGAUUCAUCAACCAUUCUUGCGAUCCUAACUGCUAUUCGCGAGUUGUGGACAUCCACGGCCACAAGCACAUCCUGAUAUUCGCCCUGCGCCGCAUAACAGUGGGCGAGGAGCUCACUUAUGACUACAAAUUCCCCUUUGAAGAAGUCAAGAUUCCCUGCACGUGCGGUGCGAAGAAAUGCCGCAAGUACUUGAAUUGAAGUGCACGUGAGUAAUUUAGGAGUAUCAAUUACACUUGUGACAAACGCUGAGCCCGAUUGAUCAUACUGUGUGACGAACACAAAAUUGACAUUGUGCUUAUAUCUAAAACUGGGACAGAACUAUGUAAUGGACAAUCGAAUUUCAUCUAGUGAUUGAACGAUUUCAAUGAAGACAGUAAUUACUGCUUUAUACAGUAGCAUAAUUUUAAAGUACAUGGAUAACUUUAAUUUAGGACUUACAACCUUUGGAUUUUUAACGGGAAUGUGUUAGAAUGGAAUAAACAUUGAAAAGGAAAAUGAUGGAUCUCCUGAGAAUUUUAUACUUAGAGUUGACAUUUCGUCAGGAGAUGAUACUGGCUUGAAGUGCAAAUACUGGGUUGAGGGCAAUUAUUAAAGUGUACAUAUUUACGUAUGUAUGUAAGACAAUAAGUCAAAUCACAUAUCGCGUAAUUCCCACCUUGUAAUUGACAUAUUUUAUUAUCACUGGUGUGAAUUGGAUAAAUGAUGUUUAAAUGAAUCUUGUUAUGAUCUCUUACUCGAAUCUUCCCAGUGUUUUUUUUUAUUGUUGGAUUGUAUAGUUUGAACUUAGUUUGUAAACAUAUUCUUAUUUUGUGAUAAGUUUUUUGUGUACAUACGUUUAAUUUUAUGUGUUGUUUCUGUAGAUUUAAUGGUUCGCGAACGGCUUAAGUGUCAUCGACACUUACGAUCUUGUGAUAUGUGUUAGCCCCGGCCUGGGUAAGAGAACGGUUAGUGCGUAGGUAUUGUACAUUUUGUUCCUCAUUUCGUUCUUAUUUCUCUUUACUACUUGUGAUCAUUUAAGUCUCGACUAACAUUGUAAAUGUACAUAUUAAUUUAAUGAAUGAAUUUUAGACAUUAAUCACAAUGAAAUUAGUACAUUCGAAAAAGGGUAGCAAAGUUACAAGUACAAUGUUACUUUUUAGUAAUUUUAAUAAGUAUUGUAUAGUAAAUGUGUAAAUAAGAGGUAAUAUCUGUCAUAAUAACGAGUUAAGCGACAAAUCGUUUUAUUGUAGUCAUAAUGGUAGGUUGUAUUUUAUAGAUCAUUAUGGUGUAAAUAAAAAUAAUUGUUUGGGGAUGGGAAGUGGGAGAAUAGUUGUCGCUAGUGCCACUGAAAUGCGGGCGCGGGCGCGGCCUUGUCGAACUGCUCCCAGUUAAUGCACGGUUUAAGAAGAAAUGCACAUUUGUUAGCUUUAAUAAUAACAGCACAGCCUCAUUUAAAUAAAUGAACAGAAUAUUUGAUUGGCCAUUGGAGCAUAUUAGCAUUUCUUUUCUAAGCAUUUAUGGACUGAAACUUGAAAAAAUACAUCACAAUAAACAUCACAGAAAUCAGUUAAAUUGCUAGUGGGAAAAUGUGCUUUAAAUAUUAAUUCACAAUUAUUAUAGUAUAAACCUAUGUAUAAAAUAUUUAGAUGCAGAGACAGAAGAGCAAGUCAGAUCAGAGAUGCCAUAGGCUAAAUUAUUGUGCAGAGUUUGUUACUGCAUCUAACAAUAGCAGUAUUAAGAUAUCGUAAUAUUUGUCCCCAAGUAUUUUAUAGUUAAAACUCAAUAGAGCAAAAUAAAAAGUAGUUUGAAAUGUCUAGUAUUAGUCUAUUACUUUUCAAAAUUUGUAUGAAAGAACAUUGUAAGUACACCAAAAAAUAUUCUUGUUUGUUUUAUGUAUACUGCAACCAAUGUGUGUUACAUUUUCAAAGCAUAAAUAUCAUUUAAAAAUCCAUUCUUAUUCAUAUAUUUUGCAAAUUACAUGAUUAUAUUUAUACAUUUAUAACGACAAGGUAUAAUAGGUCAUCUUGGUUAUCUUCAACUGGCUCUGGGAAAAAUAUUUUAAUAAAAAAUCCUGAACCUCAAAUCAUGAAUGGCCUAUUUGAAUGUUAUACGCUUUGAAAAUGAACAACACAUUGAUUUAGGACCACUUGCGAUAUUUAUUUCAAAUCUAGGAAAACUUAUUUCAAUGUAAAACACUACUGUUUUGGUGAAAAUCCUUUUUUUUACCAUGCUCUAAACUAAACUAAGCUUAGAAACCAGCAAUGAAUUAAAAUGUUGGUUGUAUGUCGUCUUGAUAUUCUUUAAUAAACAGAUAUGAUUUAUAAUAAGAUCAUGAACUAUGAAUAUGAACUUUAGUUUUAACAACAGUUUGUUUUCACAUAAAGGUAAAGAUAUAUUUGAAUUUAGUUUACUUCAGAGACUGGUACUUCAAACAGGGAUGCUUUAGUGAGAAAUUAAGAUUAUUCCAGAUAAAAGAUAAACGCGCAAGUGGAUCAUAAUAUAAUAACUGCAUGUCUAUCAUAAUUAUUUACAUUGAAAACAUUCAUGUGAAGCUAGUCUUUAACACUCUUGCAAGUAGGUGUGUUAACUUAUGUUGAUCCGACCAUGAUGAGAAUGCAGUUAUGAGUUUGAUAGUAAUAAUAUGUAAUGAUUGUUCUAUAAUCACAUUGAUAUAAAAUUGUGAAAAUUACAAUUACACAUCGACUCGCGAUAAUAAACACAAAGUACAGUUAGAUUUGUUCUGGAUUAUAAAUUACGAUUAAUUCAUAUUUUUUUAAUUAGUUUUUUACACAUAAUAUUAACAUGUUAUUCCUACUUGAAUAUUUCCUGUAUACCUCCUUUAUUAUAAGAAAUUGACGGCAAUUUUGGUCAUGAAUCAAUUUAUUUGACAAUUGUAUAUUUUUUUCUCCUAACCGGUUAUUAUUUGAUAAACAUUAUGACGUUUAUAGAAUGUGCUUUAAAAAUUAUGUGCGUGUGUGCAGUUUGUUAGUCCUAUGUACAUCAUUUUAAAAGACCAAAUCACAAAGUGAUGAAUCAAUUUGCGUUAAUUAAUAUAAGUGUAAACAACUGCUCCUUGAUAUUAUUUUCUAUUUUAAAAAUAAUGCUUUUAUUUUUAAUGUACACAAUGCCAUUUUUGCUUAAUGUUAUUAUAAAUUAUAUUUGAAUUGCUUUAAAAGCACCAAUUUUACAAUGCAUAGUUCUAUGACCUGUCUAUACAUUUUAUUACUUUAUUUAUUUCUAUCAUUAUUUUGUAUUGUGGUAAAUUUUACCAAAAAUAAAAAAUACUAAAAUGUGCUUUA